UUGCGUAUAGUACUAAUAAUUCUAAAUCGCAAAUAAUAAACUGAAUUUAUACUUCUCUAACUUUAUUAGUGCACUUAGGAACAAUUUAUAGUGCAAGUGCGAAAAUGUCCGUCACAAUAGAACCUGAGGGAUACUGUACCGAACACAGUUGUACCUGCGGGCCGCCUCCGAAGCGCCGGCGCGUCCGUCGAGUGAGCAUUCUAGACGUGUUGAAUGUGGACCUGGUCCGGAACGCCAUAUUCCACUACGUGCCGUUGGGAGACUUGCUGCGCUCCGAGCGGGUUUGCCAGAGGUGGCGGAGUGCUGUGCAUCAUUAUUUAAGAGGAGCCCGCCGCAUCCGCUCCAAGCUACACAUAACUGCGCCCUGGCACCCUCCACCCCCGCGCCUGUGCAGCUGCCAGCGCCUCCUCCCCCUCGACGAGAGCCGCGCCCCCCACUACUCCACCGCGCUCUACAAGUGGGGGGCGGCUGUGGAGGCCGCCCCCUGUACCGCGGAGAGCUUUGAAGACAUUGCGGAGCAGUGCACUAAUAUACGGGAGAUUACUUUUUACGGAUUUCCGGACCGGGAAAUAGUAAAAGACAGUAUUGCUAACGGAAGGUUGCGGAACCUGAGGCGGGUUGCCUUCAGGAAUCUCGUCACAGAGGACGAAGACAGAGAACAGGCAACAGACGAAGACAUAACCACCCUCCUUGAAAGCCGUCAGAUAACCGAACUAACCGUAAUAGGAAACGACCAAAUAACCGGAACUUUCCUUCACCACCUAAACCAAAAUAUAACCUCACUACGACUCAGAAACUGUCCAAAUCUAAACUAUAAACAUCUACUAGAUAUCUUAGACAGUUUAAUAAAUGUUACCAUAUUAGAUCUAUCAAGAAAUUCUCCAGAUGUACUCAAAAAUGUACAUUUGUUACUAGAUGUGAUGCCAAAAUUAGAACAUUUGGAGUUAAGUGGGUAUGAGAAGGUGGAAUUAGAUGGGACUCUAAAAGGGCAUGAGAGGUUGGAGAGUUUGAAGCAUCUGAAUUUAAGGCGGAACAAGAAUGUGAACGAUGAUUGGUUGGAGACUAUAGCGAGGGGGAAGAAGUUGGUUACUUUUGACGUGUCUUAUUGUAAAGGUGUGACGAUGACAGGCUUGACCGAAGUUUGCGAGUCGUCUAAAUCGAUGAGCGAGCUCGCUAUAGCGGACAACGAUGACAUAUCAGAUGAGGACGUCGAGACGAUCAUACGGCUCCUGCCCUUCCUUACGAUCUUGAACAUCCAAAAGUGUCGCGGUGUGACUCCCGACCUGGUAGUGUAUCUGGCCCGCAUCAUGCGCCGGCGCAACCGCUGGCGGCUGCCCGCGCUGCGGCUGCGGUUGUACGGCACCGUCGUGCCUGAAGCUAUGCCGAUGGUCUAUUCCUUUAUCCUGGACUUCGCGAAAGGAGCAACGCUCGAUCCAAAACCUAGUCCCUACUUAGGGUUCUGAUCCACUAAAGUAGUACAAAUAUACAGGUUGAUUUUUAACUAUGCUUGGCAAAGUGAAAAUGUAAUCUACAAUGACUAUGCAUCCCAAAAUCGUAGAAAAUGUUUCCGAUAAAAAAAAAUGUUGUCUGAUUUGUGGAAAUGUAGUUUUAUUUUCGCGAUUUUGUGUCGGUCUCAUAAAUAGAUAUAUUUUUAUUUACAAAUGUAUUUAGUUGAACUAAAUAUUAAUAUAUUUUACAUGUAUACAUUUCGAGGUUAUGAUUAGUUAAAACUAAGUUACUGCAAAAAUUGUGUAUUUAAAUAUUUAUUUAUUUUUCAUUUUGCAUUAUACUUUAACAAACUAAACAAGCUUCCUACAUCGUUCAUGUCUACGUAAGGUGUGUCGUAUUAUUGAAAAAAAAAAGGAAAAAAAUGUUUUCUAGGUCAACAUAUUAUAUCAAACAUUGUCAAAAGGCCUUUCAAUGAUAUAUGCACUAUAUGUAUAUAUGCGAAUCCAAUGUUUAAAUAUGAUCUCAAAAAUGGUGAUUUUAUUGUGAUUCUUCACAAAAAAAAAAAAUUAUUGUGUUCCGUGUAAAAUGAAAUAAAACUAAUAAUUUAGUUUUAAGAGGCAGUUAGAGGAAUUUAAUUGCGGAAUAUCUAAUGUAUACUCUGUCGAACAAGUCUGCCAGUAAAUAAGAACAAAGAAAACUAUAUGUAUCCUUUUCUCUAGCACCCUAAAGAAAAGGCCUAAAGAAAAGGAUGCAUAUAGUUUUCUUUGUUCUUAUUUACUGACAGACUUGUUUAGGAAAUAAAUUAUAGGAAAUAAAUAGGGUGAUUCUGUGAGGCAUGACCUUACUAUUAAGAAG